AUGUCUUGGAAAGAGGAUAAAGAUUGCUGCUCUUGGGAUGGUGUCACUUGUGAUUCUUUAACAGGUCAUGUGAUUGGUCUCGAUCUUAGUUGUGGCUGGCUUCAAGGAAACAUCUCUUCUAAUAGCAGCAUUUUUCUUCUCAAUCAUUUGCAAAAGCUGAACUUAGCUCACAAUGAUUUCAAUCACUCUCAAAUUCCUCCUGAUUUUAAUCGAUUCACUAGUUUGACACACCUUAAUCUUUCCAACUCAAACUUUUUUGGUCAAAUUCCAUAUGAAAUCACCCACUUAUCUAAAUUGGUCAUGCUUGAUCUUUCUGAAAAUUCCCUUGAAACAACUACUGUAAAGGGGUUAGUUAAAAAUUUGACCGAUUUAACAGAACUUCUUCUUGAUCAUGUAAACAUGUCUACUGUUGUACCAAGUUCCUUCAUGAAUCUAUCUUCUUCUCUGUCUUCUUUGAGUCUCUCGAAUUGUGACUUGCAAGGGAACUUUCCAGAUAACAUCUUUCACCUACCCAAUUUAGAAAUCCUGAAUUUAGGAGGUAAUUCCAAUUUGACAGGUAUUUUGCCAAUGGUUAACUGGAGUAGCCCCCUUAGGUUUUUGGUUGUCUCUUACAUGACUUUGCCUGGAGAUUUACCUAAUUCCAUCGGCAAUCUCACGCACUUAACGCAUUUGGAUUUCGCUCACUGCGGUCUCAAUGGGGGCCACUGUCCAAAUCCACCACCUUACUUGAGUUUGUUUUCUUUGUCAAACAACAAUUUCACGGGAGAGAAACCUCUCAGCUUUUGCAAUAUGAGUGCCAUAGCAAUUCUAGAUCUUUCUUAUAAUAAUUUGAGUAGUACAAUUCUGAAAUGCAUGGCAAACUUUAGUAGUCUUCAUGUGUUGGAUCUACGAAAAACUAGAUUGUAUGGCAGCAAUCCUGGAAUUUUUGCACGAGGCAAUCAUUUCAGGACUCUUAACUUCAACGGCAAUGGACUUGAAGGGCCAAUCCCACAAAGUUUGGUUAAUUGUACCAUGCUUGAAGUUCUAGAUCUCGGAAACAACAAGAUCACUGAUAGUUUCCCGUAUUGGUUGGGAGAUCUUUCAAAGUUGCAAGUUCUUGUUCUUCGCUUCAACAACUUUUAUGGUUUUGAGUGGGGUUCUUCUGAAUUUAAUAGUUCUUUCACUAUGCUGAGGAUCUUAGAUCUCUCACACAACAAUUUUAGUGGUCGUUUGCCAACAAGGUUCUUUGAGAAUCUAAAAGCUAUGAUGAAUCUUGAUGAAGCCAAAAGGAAGUUGGAUUAUAUAGGUGAAACAUAUUAUCAAGAUUCAGUGGUGAUGGUAGUUAAAGGAAAUUUGACUUCACUUGAAGCUUUAGAUCUAUCUUCAAACAAGCUUGUUGGAGAGAUUCCAUCGCAAUUGGUAGGUUUGACAUUUCUUGCAAAGUUAAACUUAUCACAAAAUCAUCGUAUAAGAUCGAUUCCUCGGGGGAACCAGUUCAAGACCUUCCAAAAUGACUCGUACAAUGGAAACUCGAGCCUUUGUGGAUUUAUGUUGUCAAACAAAUGUGAUAUUGAUGGGGCACCACAACCAGAAUCAUCAAUAGACCAUGAUGAAGAACACAACAUUUCAACCUGGUUAGAUUGGAAAGUUAUUAUGAUGGGUUACGGAAGCGGACUAUCACUCGGCUUAUCUAUAGGAUAUAUAGUUUUCUCAACAGGAAAACCACAAUGGUUUCUACGGAUGAUUGAUGGACCUAUUAAAAGAUGUGAGGGUAUUCGAAGAUGCAAUGAAAAGACUAAGCCAAAGAACUUGCCAGUAAAUGACCGUGUAAGGUGUGAUGAUGAGCGUGAUAAAGGAUUGCCAAAUUUCUGGAUUCAUCGUUUGUAG